AUGCCUGGGAAUUCUGUCUCUCUCGCCGGAACCCUUCAGGUUGCAAUGGUGGACUCCAGAGGCAGUGUCACCCUCAGAACGCUGACCAUUACGACAAGAACGGCAUCCCCAACGGAAUAUUCUUCCAACUUUCCGCAAGAUUGGCCCAAUUCACCGGAAAUCAAACCUAUGUACAUUGGACAUAUACCAUCUGGGACUGGGCACCUUGCAGUUGGCUUGAUUGAUAAUAUCUACAAUGCGUUCGAUGGGACUGACGAACUCAUCAAUGGUACGGGCAUCGAUCACCGCCGAUAG